ACAAGAUGGCAUCCGCAAAGACAGUGGAUGUGGUUCGACAACAAUCGUUGUGAUUCAUUAAAUAAAUUGGUUUCGCGAUUUCGGUGAACGUGAAUAAUUGAAAUAGAUGAGAAAAUUAGAUGUACAAGAGGCCUGGGGCGCCGACAGGUUAGAAGCGCAACUAGAAGCAGCUCGGGAUGGUCUCCGAGGGCUUGAUCGAAGCAUCAGAAAGAUCUUGGGCCGGGAUCUUCCUGAUGGAGAAAACGGUCCGAUUCAACCACCACCCAGCAGAUUAUCACAGAAGAGGCCGUUACAAGAGGAUAGACGACGGGUCGUAUCAGAUUUUGUGAAUAAUGAAUUACCUGGUGGAAAGAGGAGAUGGCAGGGAACAAAUGGGGAACCAAAGACAGUUUUCAGUCGGUUAAGUGCACGUGUACCUUCCAAUAAUGACGAUAGUGCCGAUGAAGAUGAUAAUGUGAUCAAGCCAGCUGUGUCUUCAAGAGUGAUAGCAACUCCGAGAGAAAUUCCAUCUAGACAAGAAGUUAUCAGGCGCGAGAGAAUAGACGAGCGUAGCAGACAGAGGAAUAAACGAAUGUUCGGGGCUUUACUAGGUACAUUACAAAAAUUUCGACAGGAGGAAACUAAGUUGAAAGCAAAGGAAGAUAAGAAGGCAGAGGUGGAAGCGAGAGUGGAAGAGGCCAGGAGGAGAGAAAAGGAGGAAUUGAGACGAGAGAGGCAACAAUUGUUUUUGUCUCGUAAACGACAGCUGGCGGAAGUUCGGGCACUGGAAGCGAAGUUAGCACGCAGUCGACAGUUUCAAGAUUGGCGUGCGGCGCAAUUGCCACUCGCUUCGUUCAUAAAGACUCGAGCUCAGCCUCCCAUUUACUAUAUACCCAAACGUAAACAUCCGCAGACCGAUCUCCUUUUGGUUCAAUCUGCGAAGGAGUUGCAUGAGGAGAUCGAGAGAAGAGAGAAGGCGUUGGUGGAAGAACUUGAACUGAUAGAAGUACAAGUAGGACUUGGGAAACAUCAACAGAACUUCGACGGAUCGACGACGUUAAGUGCUACGACGGAAGUUCCGCAGCCGACGGAGGAAGGGGAGGAGAACCGCGAUCCGAAUCCGGAGAAGAAUUCGGAGCCAGAGAGUAACGAGACGACGGAUGUUCCUGUGAAGUCCGAGAUGGACGAGACUCUCGAGGGCGCGAACGAUCUUGAGAAGAAGGAAGAGGUACAGGUGGACGAGGCGAAGGAUGAAAAUAAUGGCUAGUAUUAAGUGUACUUACGAUGCUUGUACAUAAGACGUACACUGGACGGUCCAACGAAGAAGGAAACGGAGCUUUUCUUACACGACACUUCCUGCGUGUGGACAAAUUUUACAAUUUACAAAACUAAAAAGAAAUUUCACUUUUUACUUAUUAUCGUAUAGAAGUACAAGUUCAUUCCCUUCACCCAGUCUCAUGCCACAUGCUCAUUUUCUUCGCAACGUGUCGAACUGUUGAAAUUUCUCUUACUAUGUCUAAGAGCGGAUACGCUACGAUCAAGAGUGAUUAAUUAAAAGUCCCAUAUUUUUUAAAUGUUACAUACUUGUAUCAUGACUGUUGUAACGCAUUAUUUAACUGUCAUCCUGUAAGUAGAUCAGAAAAAAAAUCGUAGUGGACGAACAAAUACAUAUAUUGAUUAAACUGUCGUGAAUUAAUACGAUACAUUUGUAGAUUGGGUAAAUGAUGUACGAUAAUUUAUUGAUCUAAUUCUUUUUUAUCAAUGUCUGUCUCGAAAUAAGUACGUAACGAAAAGAAAGCGUAGAAUGUUUUUCGUGUACGCUGCAAUGAAAUGAUACGAAUUCCAAUCUUGGACAUAUCUCCAGGUGUAAUAGCAUAUAGUACGGAUCUUUCUGCAAAUUUGUACAUCUUCAUUUUUUAAUUAACGAGUACGCAAUACGGAUACAAUAAAAGCGGGUGAUUCUCUCCGUAGCAAUAUGAAUAGAUAAUUGUUUGUAAAACAAAGAGAACAAUUUUAUUUUCGUUCUUUAUUGAAUAAGGAAUAAAAAGGAAUUAUAAAUUGGCAA